UAACGCUGAGGCAGCUUACGUCUUUCUAUAUCCGCAUCAGAACGCCGACUUUUGCCGUGAGCCGAGGAAUCGAAAGAAUGGACUAUUUUGCUCUCCAAUGGACUCCUCCCUACUUCGAACCUGAUCUCUCUCACACUUAGAUGCGACAGAAACUCCAACAUGUAUUUUCAAGCGGGAAUUUCCUUCAUCACGCUGUUUACCAGUAUUCUCCCUCUUCUUAGCAUCGCUGCAUCAGAACCGGUCCAAUACUGCAAAUAUGGCGCUGGGACUGGAGUGAUCGACUUCUGCAUGGGCAUGUUGAUGCACCACAAUGUCACUACGGACUCUCAUGAUCUCUAUCUAUCCAUGAGCGUCACCCGAUCAGAAAGCACUCCGCUCGGAUGGACCGCGCUCGGGCUGGGUGAAGUCAUGGAGGGGGCUCUAAUGUUCAUCGUCUACGGUGACCCAAUUUCCUCCAAACAACCCAUCGUCAGUGUCCGGAAGUCCAUCGGCCAUAAGCAGCCAACUCUCGUCACUAGGGAGGACAUGAACGGGUCCGACGUACGCGUAAUCCGUGCUGAUUGGCAUCCAUCGCCCUCGUCGCCAAACUCUGCUGUGGCGAUGGUAUCGCUUGUCUGUUACUCCUGCCAUCUCUGGCCCGGCACCCAGAUCUCCGCGGCUUCAACAUCCCAGCCUUGGAUGUGGGCAUGGAACUCCAAGCAGGAUAUUUCUGAUUAUACGUACGACGUUCAUUUGAAAAUGCAUGCGCAUCACGCCGGAGCAGGCGGGUGGGGGAUUUUUUACGUCGACAUGUCGCGAUCGAUCAAUAAUUGGCACAAUGCACCUAGUUUCCCGCCUAUCAGACCAGGGGUACACGCCUUGGGUGCUAGCGAUAACCCGGAACUGUCAACAUCCUACGGCUCGGCGUGGUUUAAGCGCAACCCAAUACUUCACCUUCACGGUAUGAUUAUGGGAAUCGCAUUCUUACUGCUUUUCCCAGUUGGGGUCUUAGCCAUACGGUCGGGCCGCACCAAGGCUUUCAAAUACCACUGGAUUAUACAGGUUGUUGCGUCAGGACUCACACUUGUCGGCUUCGUCUUAGGACUUGUGCUUAGCCGCCAGAUCAAUACCGUCCAUCAAGUGGCUGGGAUCUCUCUCGUCACAUGCCUUGGUGUUCAGAGUAUUCUCGGCUGGCGCCACCAUAUUGUCUUUCUUCGCCUUCGUCGCCGUACAUGGCUAUCCCAUUCUCACAUCUGGCUUGGAAGACUCAUGAUGAUCGUGGGCUGGGGUAACCUCUUCACCGGACUUCUCCUCCGUGGGUAUUCCGGUAUAACUAUCGGAUUAGUUGGAUGUCUAGUGGGGUUGGAAGCUGUUGGGCUCACAGCUUGGUUAUUAUGGAUCAAUAUCAAAGCUUCUCGUGAGAAGCUAGCGAAGGAACCACCUAGUGACGGACAUAAGAGUAACGGUGUCGGCUAUUUUGCCGUCGGUGAAGAGGAAGAGGAAGAGUGUGACACUUCUUCAUCUUCAACUAAUUUAGAGGAUGAAGAAUCAAGACCCAUGAUAGAGAAGGCGUAGGUGACCAGGGUAUGCUGUUUGAGGAGAAACAUGAGCAUAGAUGGAUCCAUACUAAGAUCUAUUGACGUUUAAUAUUAUACC